AUGUCAUCCUCAUCGCCGAUUUAAAUGUCAGCUGACCCAAACGCAAAAGUCCCGGACCUCUCAAAUCCUGUCAAAAUAAUCGUGUCGAGCUGAGCAGAACAUCUGGAAUAGGGCAACGCGAGUGAAAUUGUGUAAAUCUCUAGACCCGAAAACCAGUCGAAAGUUCUUCACUGCCUUUCUUCUCGCCUCUUCGCGUGAUUAGGACUCGCGAUUUUUGACUUCUGCGAGCAUGGAAAGAUUUGGUGUGCCACGUGGCAAGCGCCCCCGGGUGCAAGUUUCAAUGGACGACAAGGAGCGGGCCAUCGCUCGUAUUCGCAGUGGGGAGACCAAGGCCGGCAUAUCCCGUGAACUGGGUGUUCCGGAGUCCACGGUUCGCGGUUGGGUGAAACGAGCCGAACAGCGGAUGGCCCGCGAGGCGGCUGGUCAGCAGAGUUCCGCCAGCUAUCCCUCUAUCCUGACCAUGGCCUUGGCCAAGCCGCAGCUUGCUAUCACCACAAAGUCAUCGGCUUCUUCUGUCAAUUCGAAAUCAUCCUCUCCAUCGCCUCCGCUGGAAUUGAAGUGCCUGAAGCUGCCACAAAAGCGGAACUUCAAUGGCCAUCCGGUGGCACGCCCCCUGGAUUCCCUCCAGCAUCCAGCAGCUGCCAGCAUUUCCAUUCCCACGCCAGUGCCCCUUCCCAUGCCUUUUCCGGUGCCCCCAAUUGUUUCGACUGACAGCCAGCAGCAGAUUAAUGCAUGGCUGCAUAUUUUUAAUGCCGGACUCCUGAACUUCACACUGAUUGCCACCGCUGCAGUGCAUCAGGCUCGUGCCCGUGGCCUGGCGGAUCGCCUGUCGCUGUGGCAAAUCAUCACCGACUUCGUGGACGACGCCGGACGCAAUGUGGCCGUCAAUGGGGGCCAGUACGUGGAACCAGUGCCUUUCGCACCCCUCCCGGUCACCACGCACUUGCAUGGACGGACGAGUCCCACGCAACGAAUGCCUAUGCAGGUGCAUCCGUACCGCGGGAACUUAAAGGCUCCCCCAAUCCACAUCACCGCGGAGGAUGAUGAAGAAUGCUCCACGGACGCCGACAUGGAAGACUGAUCACACGGGGAAAAUGAUUCUAUUUUUCUUUAUCAACAAAGCCAAUUAGACGUGGAAUAAGGAAAUACCUGAUUGAAGAAU